AUGAAUCCUUCUAAGCCCCAUUUGCCUCGUCUGAGUACCAAUAUCCCCGUGCUGGAACAAGAACCCAACCCUCUGGCACCGAAGGCCCCUCCAAAUGCGAACAUACCCCCGGUGAUCAUGCCCGAGAGGCCACUUCGCCCAACAUUGCCUACCGAGGAGAAUCAAGAGGAAAAUGUGGCACCCACCACGCAUGUUGCAGAGCCAAAGCCUGUUUAUCUAGUCCCGAAAGGUGUGCCUGAUUCGCCUAUCACACAGCCCAUGAGGAUCAUGUACUACGACGACGCGUUUACAACCCGUGGAUCGAACCACUCUCCAAAGGAACGUGUUACACAGGAUUCGGUUGUUGUGGUCAGGUUGAAGACCAAUAUUAAGGCAAAAGAGAAGACCCCCAAACUUCUGUCGGAUCUAGGCCUCUUUUUUGCCCAGACAUACCAACGUCCCCAGACUUCAGUACUGGUCACACUCAGCGAGGAUGCUUCUUUGAUCUUUGGCAACACUCCAGACCCAGCCUACCUGGUCAAGAUUUGUGCUCUCCCCAGCCUCGUCGCACCACUGACCAAUCAACGCAACACAAGUCUCAUCCAAACAGCACUGCUGGGCUAUCUUGGAAUUCCACCAGACCGAGGCGUCGUCAUUUUUGACGCGGUAGAAGAAGACAAUCUUGCAACAGAUGGUACUACUGCCAGGGGAGAGAUCGGUCGCCUUGAGCGCAAUGAUCACAGCAGUAGCCCCGGUCUAUUUAAGAGCAUUUCACGAUCGAUGAGCCGCCGUUUGAAGUCAAGCAGUGGCAACAGUGCUCCGAUGUCUCUCUCUGCUGUCAGUACUAUGGUCAGUCCCGAUUGUGCUGGACCUUCAUCCGCGUUGCAAGAAUUUCCCAAGCUGCCCGAGGCCAUUCGGCUCCGAUCUUCCCAGUCAGAUACUGCGAAAGAGACACAUACCUCGAAGCCCAAGUCUCUCAUGACACGGUCACCUACCAUUGGACCCCCCGAUGGGGAGCCAAUCAGCGAGGUGUCAUCCAAGGAAGAAAAAAAGGAGCGAGGCUUGAAGAAGAGAGAGAGUCUGAAAAGCUUUGUCAACCGCCGUUUGUUUGAAUUGACUGGCCCAAGAGGCCCUUCUACGCCUACACCCAAGCGAAAGAAGGCUUGA